UGAGACGCAACCUCGCGGGAGACACGGCACAUCUCAACUUUCUCCAGUCUAAUGGACCGGAACCAACAACCUCUAAACUGAUUUCACCGUGGACCCUCGCUUUCAUACGCACUCAGUAUCAUCUGGAAAAACACUCAGGAAGAGCCACGCGAACUUUGUCGAGUGGUUUUGUUUAUUUUGAUGCUGAAGUGAUAUCGUCGCCGCUCCAUGGAAACUCUCCGCGAGGUGACACGUGUAUGAGCGUGUUUUUUCCCCUGUCUGGGUGACUGGGAUUGGUGCUGGAUGCACACGGUUGUUUAUUGUGGUUGGGAAAAUAUCGCGUCUCAUUUUUGGAGUGGACGUUAUUUGGCUGCUGUUAGCUUUAGCAUAGCAAGGCCUCGUCUGUAGUGUGGGUUUGCGGUAUUGCUGCUGCUGUGUUGGCUGUGGACGUACACACAUUCAGCAUUAGAAAGCCCAAAAGUGUCAAAGGAGUGUAACUUCGAGCAAUAGGAAGUGUUUCUUCUUCACCUGGGAGCUGCUGCUGAAUAUGAAGCUGCAAGCGUUCCUGAGCCGGAAUCUGAAGUGACAUCUGAGCUUUCAAUGUUGGAAAACUACGUCCCUCUAAACGUGUUCCAACUGGAGGAUCGUUUGGAGAAAUACACACCUCUCAAACAAAGACACGUGACUAACGUCUGGCCCAGGGUCUUCAUCGGAGAUGAAGAGAUGGCCACCGACCGAGAUGCUCUGCAGGAGAUGUGCAUCACUCACAUCCUCAACGCUGCAGCACCAAAGAAGCAUCUUAAAUACUACUUAGGACGUUUUAAUGAUGAAGACAUGGUAGGAACGGUCAAUACAGGGUCCAGAUAUUACAGAGGCUUGCACAUCAAUUAUUACGGCUUGCCUACAGCAGACAGACACUGUUCUGACAUCAGCAAGUGCUUCAUACCAGCUGCCAAAUUCAUUGACAAGGCCCUGGAGAAGCGAGCAAGUAAGGUGCUGAUUUGCUGCAAGCAGGGUGUGGAGCACUCGGUGACUCUGUUUCUGGCGUAUCUGAUGAUCUGUCAUGACAUGAUGGUGGAGGAGGCCAUCGAUCACGUCAUGAAGGAGAGACGCAUCAGACCCUCCAGAGACGUCCUGAAGAAGCUGAUGCUCCUCAACGCUCACCUGGUGCUGCAGAGAAAACUGAAACUGCAGGACAUCAAAACCGGCCGAAAGAGGAACAAGUGGCAGCUUAAAAAAAGGAGAGCGCUGAUAUAAAAAUAAUAAAAAUGUGCACAGAUGAAAAAACAUAACGGCAAGAGCUGUCCUGGUAAUGAGCUGCUAGUACUUUUAUUCAUUUAUUAGUUAUUUUAUGUGUUCAUAUAGUGCAGAAGAACAAGUGCACAGAUAGAAAAAAAGUGUAUAUAAAUAGAAAUGUGAGCAAAAUAAAAAAUAAUCAUUCAGAAGUAAUUCAGAAAAUCAAACUUUUGCACAUAGUUGAAUAAAAUAUUAAAAUGAAUGGAGCUGCCAGUGCUUUUGUGUAUUUAAUUCUUAUAGUGCAGAUGAAUAAGUGCACAGAUAGUUAAACAGUUCAAAUCAAAC